UCGCUCCAAGCGUCUCCAAGAGCAGCGGAGUUUUUCCUCCCGGAGGAUUCGUAGCAUGCGUCUGUGCGGCAGCCGGAGGGAGAAGGACCACAGGGAUAUAACUUGACUCAUCUGCGGAGUUUCUUAUUUUUUGGGGGGAAGAAAUCAUGCCUUUUUGCAAACGGACGGUACUUCCGAAAGAUGUGUGCAAGCCCGACGGCGGGAGGCUGCGGGAGGCGCGUCCGCGGCAGCAGGCGGAGGUUUUCGGGGACUUGGUGGACGUGUGCGGCUUCACCCUGUGCUCCGUGCUCCGACAGCUCUCGGAUCUGUCCCGGCACUCGGUGAGCAUCCUAGAGGAGCUGGAGGGGGAGCUGGUGUCCAUCUGCCACCGGUCCGGCGCGCUGGAGGGCAGAGUGGUCCGGCUGCAGAGGCACGUCGCCGAGCUGGUCAGCAAGCCUCCACCGCGAAAUGUGGAUGCAGAUUUGGCCUCAGUCUGCUGGUGCAGCCGGGCAAGAUUACUCAUCACAGCAGAAUGCCUUCAACAAAUUACGCCAAGUGUGAUGUGGUUUCCCACGCUUCUCAUCUGUGCCUGUGGUGAUUUCAUCAACCAGAAGCAGGCAGUGCGUCUCACAGUGAUGAAGGGGUGUGUUUUAGAGGCUGCUGGCACUUUCGGCUGAUGUGACAUAGUUGGUGAAAACCCAACUUUUGGUAAUUUCUUUGUAACGGAAGGAUUACAGUUUGCAGUGGGAAGUUCACACUGUGAUGCCAAACUAAUGUUCCAAUUUGCUUUAAAGAUCUUAGCCAAAAGAAACACGAAAAAUACUGAAUUAAAUGCUACUCGUGCUGCUCUGUUGUGAGCAUUAAGUUAGGGAAUGAAAUGUUCAGUUUUAGAAAAUGACCCCUUUAAACCACUUGACAAAUGCUUGACAAAAAUAAACAUUUUGUAAUUUAUGCAUUCCACUUUCAACCUGCAACUGCAGUAAUAGCUUCUCUGCAGACUGCAGCUCCAGAUCCUUUGUGAAAGGCCUGUUAUUGCAACGUCUCAAAUGAUUUUGACCCUGAAAUUAUUAUAUGUUCAUGCCUUGGCUUAAGGAAACCAUGAUAAAGAUUCUGUUCCAAUCCUG